CCCUUUGCACAUUUUCAUUGAGCUGUUCAUCCAACAGAAGGCUCCAGAACAUAUCAGGGAGAGGCGGGAAGACACAGAGCUCGAGCACAUUCAGCACAAGAGGCGGGAGAUUAAGUGUUUCCGCGAGAGCCAAAGCGCAAACCAGGAGCACCACGCGCUGCACUUUCAAACAGACCAGCGCAACUCGCUAGCUGCUCCCCCUCCGCGGUCCGCUCCUCUAUCAGACCCACGGGACUUCACUGGUUCAUCCCUAACCCGACAGGCUCAGCUCAUCGGACCGGGAGUCCGGGCGAACGCAGCAGUAGGGGGACACGGAGGUGGAGGGGUGACAUGCUUGCUCAGCAACCCAGCAGAGUUUCUCCAAGGUGGGCCAAGCUGUGACAGAGGGCCUCUCUCUGGUGAGCCAACCUGCAACCCUGACCGCUCCAGCAGGCCUCACUCCCAGUCCUAACUACUGUGUGUGCCAGGACCAGGCCACCUCCAGCCCAGGCCAGACCACGUCUACCCCAGGCCAGCCCAGAGUGGGUCAGCCCCAGCCCAACCCACCACUUCCCCAGCCCAGUAGCGGCCCAGGCCCAGGCUCCAGAAGCAUGGCCUUCACCCUGUCAGAGAUCAUGGCUGCGCGGCGGCAGCAGCAGUCCCAGGCCCAGCGGGCGGCAGGCAGGGUGGCCGUGGAGGUGGAUGAAUACAGCACCAACCCCACCCAGGCCUUCACCUUCUACAAUAUCAACCAGGGACGCUUCCAGCCCCCGCACGUACACAUGGUGGACCCCCUGCCCCACGACACUCCCAAGCCGCCAGGUUACACCCGUUUUGUGUGUAUCUCAGACACCCACUCCCGUACGGACGCCAUUCAGAUGCCUUAUGGAGACGUGUUCAUCCAUGCUGGAGACUUCACAGAGCUGGGCCUGCCCUCUGAGGUCAAAAAGUUCAAUGAUUGGCUAGGCACCUUGCCCUAUGACAUAAAGAUAGUGAUUGCGGGGAACCAUGAGUUGACCUUUGACCAGGAGUUCAUGGCUGACCUGAUCAAGCAGGACUUCUACUACUUCCCGUCGGCCUCCAAGCUGAAACCAGAGAACUACGAGAACGUCCAGUCCCUGCUCACCAACUGUAUCUACCUUCAGGACUCAGAGGUCACCGUACGAGGCUUCCGCAUCUACGGCUCCCCCUGGCAGCCAUGGUACUAUGGCUGGGGGUUCAACCUGCCAAGAGGUCAGGCUCUGCUGGACAAGUGGAACCAGAUCCCCGACUCCACCGACAUACUGGUCACACACUGCCCCCCACUGGGGUUCCUGGACUGGGUUCCUAAGAAGAUGCAGCGGGUGGGCUGUAUGGAGCUGCUCAACACUGUCCAGAGGAGAGUACAGCCCAAGCUACACGUGUUCGGACACAUCCACGAAGGUUAUGGUAUGAUGACUGACGGCACCACCACGUUCGUCAACGCCUCGGCCUGCACCGUCAACUUCCAGCCCAUGAACCCGCCCAUCGUCUUCGACCUGCCCAAUCCGGCCAGGACCACAUGACUAGAGAAGCCCCGCCCUGCUGAGCCCCCCUCCAAUCAGGAGCCAAGUGGUGGGAAGGCAGAUAGGUGAGGGUGGUGGGCAGGUGUGGUCGAGUACUGUUUAUAGUCAAUGCUCUAACGGAUGCUGUGUGUGUGCGUGUGUGUGCGUGUGUGUGUGGCACAACACACUCACACAAGCCCAAGUCUCUUACAGACGAUGUGUGUGUCUAAAGAGACAGGCGCUGUUGCCAAUCCUCACUUGGCAAAUCCAUCGAUGUUCUUUUAUAUACUGUCAUUCCUUUAUUUCAACAAAAGCUCUUAGAAACUCUUAAGUAAGGCAAAAGACAGACCCCAGAUGCCUCAUCUCUCAUAUGGACAUGUCAGCAUUAGUCUGUAAAUCUUCUGUUGCACUUCUACUGCACUGACAAUCUGACCUGGCUGUCAGGUAGAGAAGAGGACAGGGGGAACAGUGUCUCCUGUGUCACUGUUUGAACUCACAGUCUUUCUCUCAGAAGAAGACACUGGAUAACUCUCAUUCUCUCUUGCUUCCUCAUAGAGGACUCUGUUAAGCCACCAGUGGAAGUUGCUCAUUGGCGACGUUUUGACAUUGUGACAGUGUGGUCCACCGUUCAUUUGAGACCUUCCCUGGGGAGUGAUUGAACACUUACCAGUAGGGUUUCAGAACAGUAACCCAAUGUCCAUGUUUGACUUUGUGGAGCUGUUUGCCAGCACAGAAUGGAUACCCCUGACAGUACUCUGAUAUCACACUUCCUGCACUGCAGAUUAAAACACUGCUUUCCCUUCAUCCCUUUUUCUCUUGAUCCCUCUUUUCCUCUGCCCCUCUAGUUUCACUCUCCACUCUUUCUCUCUCUCUCUCUCUCUCUCUCUCUCUCUCUCUCUCUCUCUCUAUCUCAGGCCUUGGGCAUGGUGGUGUGUGUGUGUGUGUGUGUGUGUGUGUGUGUGUGUGUGUGUGUGUGUGUGUGUGUGUGUGUGUGUGUGUGUGUGUGUGUGUGUGUGUGUGUGUGUGUGUGUGUGUGUGUGUGAGAGAGAGAGAUCAAAGUGUGUGUGUGUGUGAGAGAGAUCAAAGUGUGUGUGUGUGUGUGUGUGAGGGCAGCGGGAGGUCUCUGCCACGGGCUGUGUGUGAGUAUAAGUGUCAAACGUGUUGACACCAGUCCCCUGGGUCUCAUUACAACUCUCAGUAAGCCUCUUAACCAUGGGAGAGGGAUCUCUUCUCUUCCUCUCUUCCCUUCUGUUUUUUCCCCUUCUCCUUCUUCCCCCCUCCAUCCCUCGUUGCAUGUGUAAUCAGCUCACCGUCUCAUCCCUGGCUCAUAUGCCGUGAUCCUGACAAGUUUAUUCCAAGGUCACCGGCUGGGAAGUCUGCAAGAUUUUGAUUCCUGGUACAGAAUACUGGAAAUACGUAAUAGCCAACGGAGCGGAUUGGCAAAUGUGUUCUCUCCCGACCCUGUACAGAAGCAGCGGUGUCUGAAAUGUUCUCGCUACUCCAUGGUCCCCUUUCUGGGAGAGAUGUAUCAUGGGAAUGAACUUUGAACUCUUAGUGGACCAAUGGAUGACGAUGAGAUGUAGGCCUAAUGUACCGUAACUGGUCAAGAAGUCGGAACUGUACAUCUACGUCACCUGUCAUUGUAAAAACAUGUUAGCAAUCAAGGAUUACUUCAGAUGUUGUUAAAUAUGUGUGUGUGUUGUUAAAAAAAGAGCCAGUGCAGAAACAAUGUUUACAUUUUAUUCUAAGUUCAGUUCUUUCUUGUAUAGGCUAAUAAAUGCUUAUUACUGUAUAAUGAUAUCUGCGCUAUGUUACACUCUAAAAAAUGCUGGGUUGUUUGGUUGAUUCAACUCAUGAGUUGUUUCCUUUAAACACUUCAGGGUUAUUGGUGCCGGGUUAUUAAGUUAUGACCCAGCGGGUCAGAUCAGAAGACAGGAGGCGUAGUUUAGUAGGGGCGUGGCUUUCAGAUACAGUAGUUCUGUUCAGUCACCCAUGAGAAUAAAUGACAUUCCUGUUCAUCUGUUCUGUUGCAUAGUUAUCACAUAUUAAAGUCGAACAUUUAAAAUGUUGUAGCUUCAAUGACGCUUACAGAAGUGUAUAAGUUCCCUAAAACCUACGUAAGUCCCAUUGUUGGGAUACAAUAAGGUGGUAUACCUUAUAAUAAGUCAUAAAUAAUCUUAAUAUUACAGACGAAUGUGUGAAAAACAUGUUAUUGACAUUUUAAUUUGCAGUAUGUAAAUGUAAGAUGAUGAACAGGAAUGACAUUUACUCUCACGGGUGGCCAAUAAGAUCUAGCUGAAAGCCACGCCCCUAAUAAACCAUGCCACCUGAAAAUACUCUAAGGAUUACGUUAAAUAAGACCCAGCUUCUAGGUCAACUCAGCAUGAGAGUCAAAAACACCCAACUGAUGGUUACAUUAACCCAUGUUUGGGUAAUCCCAACCACCCAACAUGUUGGCUCAUUCAUGCAACCCAACUGGCUUGGUGAAAAAUAACCCAACAUGUGUUCUGGCCACUAUUUAACCAAUGCUAAAUUGGGUUGUUUUUAGCCUAUACUUCUUUUGAGUGCACGGGGUUACCCACACCCCGUGUAGCUAUUAUUAACUCUUUCAUGUUGUCAAGCAGUUGUCUGCGUAAAAAAGGGUAACAUUUUUUUUUUCGAAAGCACUUGUGAAUGAGCGUCCUUCCUCUGCUCGUCUGGCAGCCAACGUCUUUAGUUGGCUAGCUGAGCUCAAAGUGUGGUUAGCAUAACAUGACAACAUCCCUGUUUGAUCUCUCUCUGCUCUCAGACAUUAUAUAUGAGCAUCCCCUCUGGCUACGUUUUAUUCCCAGGGUCACUGGUGUUUCACUGCUGUUCUGCACAUUGUGCUAGCUGGGCUACGUCUUAAUGGGGCAGAUUAGUGGGCUGUUGUAGGAAUAGAGUGUUUACAUAUAAGUGCGUGUGAAUACAGUAUGUGGGUGUAUACCUGUGUGUGAUUGUGUGCGUGUGGAUAGAGCCAGGGGGUAAGCAUCCUGAGAACAUGCUUAAGCGGGGGGGGGGGGGGGGUCUGGGUUUUUAUCAUCGUACUUUCUUUUAAAGAUUUCUGCGGGGGAAAUGUCUGUUUUUCACCAUUUCUUACUAUUCUCUUUCAACCAUAACUUUGAAAUGUCUCACUUUUGAUGCACUGUGCCUCAAUAGCUGUAUUCUGUAUUUCCUGUUUUCUUUGAAAACUCAAAAGUUUUGCCGUUGUAUUUCUCGUUCGUUCCUUGGGGCAUGCUGUUCUGAAUCUAAUAACUUUUGAUGACAAUCUGCUUGUAUUGUAUAUCAUUGUUACCAUUGUUUGGGAUAUACUAACUAUAAUUUUUUAUUUUAUUGCUUUAAUGAUGUACAAUAUUUUUUCAUGUGAAAAGAGAAAAAAAUCUAACCAUUUUAAAAUGGUAUUGUAUAAUGUGUUGCCCCUGGAGACAACUCUGUAAAUGUAAAAUACCUUUCUUAAAACUACCUGCUUCUGGUUUUCUGAGAGAUUAUCUACACAAAUUUAAUUAAACCUUAUCUGUGACCAA